CGGGGUUUAGUUAACCCCACACACACAAGCUUAGGGCCUCGAAAUAAAUCCAUUUGUCAUAAAUAACCAAUCCGACUUUUUUUUUUCUUCUUUUUAAACUUUUUUUUUCUUUUAUUUUUCUACUUUUUUGUAUUUUCUUUUGAUACAUUAUAUUCUAGUCAUCCUCACUUUAUCUAAACAUGGCUUUCCCAAUGGGUGGUGGUCCUUCUGCUGACUGUGGCCCUGUCAAUCCUAUGGCUGGCCUUAUGAAGCAGUUUCAACAGGAUAGAUCAUUACAACAGGAAAGAUUUACAAGUGACCAACAUGCUGAAAGUUCAAAGGCUGUCUUCCGUUCUGGUCAAAAUCAACAUAAUUCAAUCGCUGAUAGACAAUUUGCUGAUGACUUUAUGAAAGAUGAAAUGGUUCGUGAUCAUCCUAGUAGUAUGUUUGAAUUCAAUGGACUUGAACGUGAACUGAACUCUAUUCAAAAUGGUCCUCCUUUACAACAACAUCAACCUCCUCCACAUGCUGCAGAUUGGUCUGGUGAUUUCAUGAAACAUCAAAUGGUACAUGGUGCUCCACAAGACGGUGAGUUCGAACAUUUUGAAAGUGCUUUUCAACAAUCUCAAUCGAUGACUGGUCCUUCAAUUCAACAACAUCAACAAGAACAAUCACUCGCUGUGUCCCAACAACACCAUCAUCUUUCUCAUCAACGAUAUAUUCCUCAACAAAAUUGGAUUCAUCAAGGUUUUAGCCCCAUGCUUCAUCAUCCUAGACAAAUUGGUGUGACGGAUCAAGAGAGUGUGGCAUUUGAACGUGCUUUUGAUGCUGCUAAACAAGAUACUCAAGUGGAUUGGGAAAAGGAAUUUGCUGCACAAGAAGAUUGGGCAUCUGAAUUUGCGGAAAAGGAAGGAAUGACUCAAGAUAAUACAAGUAAUGAUGCUCUAGCACAAACUGCAGCCAUGCUACUUGACUCGGUGGAUGUGAAUGAUAACCCAAAAUUCAAGAACUCCCAAUUUAUGAGUCUCAUGCAAAAACUUCGUGAUCGAACGGUACAUGUAGAAGGUGACAAGAUGGUGGAAACCUCUGGAAAGGAAGGUGACUGGUCAUCUGAAUUCAAAGGAAAAUCGCAACAACAACAACAACAACAACAACAACAACAACAACAACAACAACAAUCUACUGAUACCACAAAGGACUGGAUAGAUGACUUUAUUCCCAACGUGGCUGAACAAGGCAGUGGUAAUAUGUGGACUCCUGAAUUUGCCAGCAAACUAGAACGUCAAUGGCGCGAAGCAUCAUCAUCAUCAUCGCAACAAGAAAAUUGGAGUGAACGCUUCCAACAACAGCAACAAAAUGCGGACAUGUCAGAAGAAGAAAUGCAACGUGUUUAUGGUCGUGGAACUGAAAUGGAUGACUGGAUUCAACAAUAUCAACGCAACAUUGCUCAUCUCAAGGAAGCGAAGGAUUCUGAAUGGGAUGAUAUGCAGAAGGAUUGGGAUCGAUUCAAAGAUGAUCAAGGAAAUGGUUACCGUGCAGUAAAUCCUGAUUAUGAAACAUACAAUUUCACCACAGGCAAUCCUUAUUUGCUCGAUCAUUCUGCUAUCGAUGGUACACAACACACCACUUUGACGGAUUCAAUUUUGGCUUUGGAAGCAAAGGCGCAAUUGGAAACCAACAAUGCGGAAGCAUGGCAAGCUUUGGGUUUACGACAACAAGAAAACGAACGGGAUGCGGCCGCCAUUGCAGCACUUCGUAAGGCUGUUCAUAUCAAACCGGAACUUUUGGAAUGUUGGCUUGCUCUAGCAGUAUCUUACACCAAUGAAAACUGUCGUGCAGAUGCUUAUGAUUGCUUGGAACAGUGGAUUACCUUUAACCCUACUUAUCAACAUUUGGUCACAAAAAACAAUGCUAGCAAAAAUCAAGAUCAAGAUCGUCAUGGAUAUAUCACCAACUUAUUUUUAGAAGCUGCACGAUCAUCGCCCGGUGCUGAAAUGGAUGCCAAUGUUCAAGUUGGUCUUGGUGUGCUAUUCAAUGUUUCUGAAGAAUAUGAAAAGGCGAUUGACUGUUUCAAGGCUGCGGUAGCUACUCGACCUCAAGAUUAUCUCUUAUGGAAUAAAUUGGGAGCCACUCUAGCUAAUUCCAAGGAUAGUGCUGGUGCCAUCGAUGCUUAUUUUAAUGCUUUGGAAAUCAAUCCUUCUUAUGUUCGUGCUCGUUACAACUUGGCUAUCAGCUGUAUCAAUUUGAAUCAACACAAAGAAGCCGCUGAACAUUUACUAACAGCUUUGGCAUUACAACAACAAGAUGAUAUGGGACAUGCAUCUGCUUCAACGUCUGCUCCAUUAUUGGACUCGAAUGGUCAACCUAUUUCUGUACCUGGAGGUAUGAGUGAAAAUGUCUGGGAUAGUCUCCGUAUGGUUAUGUUUAUGAUGAAACGAGAAGAUCUAGCAGUGCAAUGUGAUCGUAGAAAUCUGGAUGUCUUUCGAUCCGAAUUUGAUUUUUGAUGCUAAAGAUAUAAGUGUAUUAUAUACAGAAGCGGAAACCUCAAGAACAACAUCAUCCAUACAGUCACCAUCAUUACUAUCAUCAUCACCAUCAUCAUACGAAUCUACUUCUCCCUCAUUUCCUCCUUCUUCUCGACGUUCAACCCCGAUAUGGAAACCACCCUUUGCUCCUUGGUGUGUCUUCACUCAUGAAAAUAUUGGAUGAUCAAAACUUGGUGUUGUGCGAUUAGUGUAUUUGUAGUUUAGUAUUCAUUUUCCCUAUUGUACUUUGCCUUGUAGAUAUUAUUAUUAUUAUUACUAUUAU